AUUCUAUUGAAGAAUUCUUGUAGAGUAACAAUAACCUUAUGCCAGUAAGGUAUUCUUACUCAAAUAUCAAGAAGAUGACCAAUGGUUUUAAGGAAAAACUGGGGGAAGGAGGUUUCAGCAAGGUUUAUAAAGCAAGGCCUAAGAGUGGUGGUCUUUAUGAAGUCAAGUUAUUGGGCAAAUCCAAAGGUUCAAACUGUGCUCUUGUUUAUGACCUCAUGCCUAAUGGUUCUCUUGAUAUUUUACUAGAGAAGAAAUUACAACCUUGGGUUGGGAAAGACUAUACAAGAUUUCUCAAGGAGGGACUUGUGGGAUUGAUUGAUUAUUUACACCAAGGCUAUGAUAUGCAAAUCUUACAUUUUGACAUCAAACCUCACAACAUUCUUUUAGACGAUAACUUCAUCCCAAAAAUAUCUAAUUUUGGUCUUGCAAAAUUAUAUCCAACAAAAGAUAGCAUUGUGUCCCUAACUGCAGCAAGAGGAACAGUAGGAUACAUGGCACCUGAGUUGGUCUAUAGAAACAUUGGAGGUGUCUCACACAAGGUUGAUGUCUAUAGCUUUGGAAUGUUGUUGAUGGAAACAGCCAGUACGAGAAGGAAUCUAAACCCAUAUGUAGAGCAUUCGAGUCAAAUUUACUUUCCUACAUGGGUUUCUCAACAAUUCAAAAAAGGAAUGGAGCUGGAAAUAACAGAAGCCACAAAAGAUGAAAAGAGAAUAGCAAAGAGAAUGAUUAUUGCGGCUUGGUGGUGUAUACAGGUGAAACCAAGUGACCAUCCUUCGAUGAACAAAGUGGUGAAGAUGCUUGAAGCGGAUCUUGAAAGUUUAGAGAUGCCUCCUAGGCCCUUCCAAAUGUAUCCAUAUACAACUGAAGAAGAUGAUGCUAAAAUGAAAACCAACUCCACAGAGCUUUCAAGCUCAUCAUAUGAUGAUAUAGAGAUAGAAUCAAAAUCAGUCAGUUUGAUUGAAAAUGAAAAUCAUGCGAAAAGGAUGCAGAGAAGCCUAAUUAAGUAGAGUUUUCUUUAUUCAAGAGUUACACAAAAACAGGAGGUAUCCAUCCCCUUUUGCUACCCACUUCUCACCCCACCUAGAUGUCACAAUGGCUCUAAAUUUGCAUCAUGUUUUUUGGUGUUCAAUUCUCAAAAAAUGGUUAAUUUUCUU